AUGGCUGCUCUCUCCUCCGCCACCUCUGCUUCCGCCGCUUCCUCGUUCGUCGGCUCGAGCUCGGAGCUCGCUGUGAAGGUCCGCAACGUGGAGUGUCGCGUCACGAUGCGCAAGACCGUCAGCAAGGCCGCUGACAACCUGAGCCAGUGGUACGGCCCGGAUCGCAGCCUCUUCCUCGGUCCGUUCAGCGCGCCGCCCGCGUACCUGAAGGGCGAAUUCCCCGGUGACUACGGGUGGGACACGGCGGGGCUGUCGUCGGACCCCGAGACGUUCGCCAAGAACCGCGAGCUGGAGGUGAUUCACUCGCGCUGGGCCAUGCUCGGCGCGCUUGGCAUCGUCUUCCCCGAGCUGCUGGCGCGCAACGGCGUGCCGCUGCAAGAGGCGGUGUGGUUCAAGGCGGGCGCGCAGAUUUUUUCAGAGGGAGGGCUCGACUACCUGGGCAACCCCGCGCUCAUCCACGCGCAGAGCAUCCUCGCCACGCUCGCCGUUCAGGUGGUGCUGCUGGGCGCGGUGGAGAGCUACCGCGUGGGUGGUUUGGAGGGGUUCCAGGAGGUGGAGGAUCCGAUCUACCCGGGCGGCGCGUUCGACCCGCUGGGGCUGGCGGACGAUCCCGACGCGGCGGCGGAGCUGAAGGUGAAGGAGCUCAAGAACGGGCGCCUCACACAGGUGUCGGCGCUGGGCUUCUUCGUGCAGGCCAUCGUGACGGGCAAGGGGCCCCUCGAGAACCUCGCGGACCACCUCGCCGACCCCACCGCCAACAACGCGUGGGCAUAUGCGCAGAACUUCGUCCCCGGCGCGUAA